AGGGGACUCCUUCGGCCGUGGGGAGCUUAUUUUUCCUCAUCAAUUGCAUUGUGCAAAUAUUCGUACCAAAUAAAUAAGCUUUCCACAGUUACAUAUCCUAUCUCAAACUAUUUGAAUCACCAAUGGCUUGCUCUUUCACUAACGCCAAGAUUUUCCUUUAUGGAUUCUCUAACGCUCUCGCCAGACGUGGGUACGCUGUAGCAUCGGAAACAAGGGGAGGAGUGGCUUCCGUCGGCGGCAAGAUGACACCCAAGUCCGGGGAAGACAAAGUGGUCUCCGCCAACAAGGUUUCGUGGUUGCCAGAUCCUGUUACUGGUUACUACAAACCUGAGAACGUCAAGGAGAUUGAUGUUGCCGAAUUGCGUGCUACGCUUUUGGGCAAAAAAAUCAACAAUUGAUUUCAAUCGUGGGUGAUCAAUUAUGUUAAUCACAAAGGCUAUGGAAUGUUAACUGUUGAUGAUAUAUGCUCUCCUGACUCUACUUGAUAAAUGGAAGAUCCGAUUCACGUUUGUGGUUUUUUUCCCCUAGUCCAUUUAUUUGUACCUGAAUCUGAUAUAUGUUAGUUUGAUUUUUCGAAAUCAGUGGAAUUAGCAUUAGCAGCUAAUCAGGAGUGUAAUGUCUUCUAAUCUUAUUGAAUACGAUAAGUUUUUGCUU